UUAAAUGUUUUUUAUUAAUAUUAGAUAAAAUUCUUUAACUAUGAUAAAAUUAUUUUUUUUUGUUAUUAAAUCAUAUCUGUAUUUAAUGUUGAUAGGAAAAUGGAUCAUGAUUCAUAUUAUUAUGCUUCGUCAUAUCAAGACGAGGACGAAGAUUUUGAUUAUGGGAGUAAAAAUAAAAUGAGCGGAGAUGCUUUGCUGAUCUCUUUAAUUCGUGACCAUCCUUAUUUAUAUAAUAAGGAGUUGACUGAUUUUAAAGAUAGCCUCAAAAAACAGAAUGCUUGGGUAGAAAUAGCAAAUAUCAUGGGUAUGACAGUGGAAGAUUGUCAAUGUAGAUGGAUGCGACUGAGGGAACGCUAUUCACGUGAAAAAAAACAACAAGAAGAAACAACCACCGGAAGUGGAACAUCAAAAAGAAAAACAUUUGAAUUUUUUGACAAUAUGCAAUUCCUAGAACGAUUUAUUAAAAGGAGAAAAACGAUGACUAACAUAUACAACAUGCAAAACAAAAGUGUAUCUCCGAUAAUAAGAUCUUCCAAUCUACAAAAAAAUUUUGGCUCACACGAUGAAAAAGAAAAUAUUUCAUCUUCUCCAAAUGUGGCUACUUUAAGUAAACUACCAUUAAUAAAAAGCAUCGUAGAUUUAACAAGUGACAGCACGCAGCAUAUAGGUAAUGACUCUUUAAGUCCGGAUUUGCACUCAAAUGUAUCUGGCAGCUCUUCUACAUCUGCAGUAAGUGUCUCUGGACAUACGCGGGACAAAGAUUUAAUUGGAAAACGGAUAAAGUCAAAAGGAAAAUCCCAGCCGGAUGUUCUAGAAAAUGCCAUUGGUAAAAUUACUUCUUUAUUAGAGAGCAGAUGUGUUCCAGUUUCUUCAUCGCCGUCAACUCUAAAGCCGGAAAUGGAAGAAGAUAUGGCAUUUUGUCAAUUAAUACUUUCAUUAUUUAUCAAUAUGCACCAAUGUACAAAGGCAGACAAAAAGAAAGAAAUGUUGCGUAUUUUAUUUGAUAUUUAAUUAUUAUAUCUUAUAUGACAUUCUUAUAUCUUAUAUGACUUUUUUUAUAUGAUAUAUAAUUAUUAGUGAUAUAUAAGUUAAAUAUUUUAAUGCAACAUGUGAUAAUUAUGGUACAUCAUUUUAAGUUAAUUUUUAUAAUGCAACAUGUGAUAAAUAGUGAUACAUGUUAAGUUAUUUUUUUAUGUAACAUGUGAUAAUGAUACGUUUUUUUAUUUUUAUGUAACAUGCAAUUAUUACUGAUAAGAUAAAUUAAUUUUUAAUGCAACACAUGUGAUAAUUAGUGGUACAUGUUAUGUUUAUUUUUUUUAUGCAAUAUUUAACGAGUGACACAAAAUGUUAUAUUUAUUUUUUUUAUGCAAUGUAAUAAAUCGUUUUAUUAUAACAUAAGCAUAUGUUUACAUAAAUAUAUAUAUUUAAUUUUCAA